CCCGUUGUUACAACGAUUAAUGAACGGUAAUGGUAGGACACAAGUGCAGCUUCAUUGCUGUGCCACCACAGUCGUUCAAUCGUACGUACGCUGUACCUCAUCCAAAGGGCUGGUUGAGCUGCCAGCACAUCUUCUUCGCGAUAGUAGCUUGCUCAUGAACUUGUGCUGCUUCGCCACGCAGCUCGAAGAUGACUCGGUUCGUGAGCUGAUAUUAGCUCUAUGGCACCGUUUCGCCGAGUCGAAUACAGAAGUCAGUCUAGGUCUCGAAGACCUUAACCUGCUUUUUGAAUGUACCUGCAGUGGGGAUCCAGCGCGAGAGUUCUGAACUACCACUGUUUGUACUAUGGGGUUGGCUGCCCAGCUCAUCAAAAUG